UUUUUUGCAGCAGUUCAUCUCGGGGACCGGUCCCUCCUCCUCGAUUCCUGGCUCCCACAGUAACAUCCCGUCUUGGACUUUGAUCCCCGUGGGACAACUUUUAACUUGACUCCUUCCUACACCCCGUCCAUCUACCCUACCACAUUGAUCCCCUCAAACCCAGCAUUGUAGAGAAAACAAAUCAUGGGGCUCUUCAAGAAGAGGGAGGAUGGCUUGUCCUCCCAUCAUAGCAACGGCCACCCGCCCAAAGAUGGCCCCAUCGAUGGCGUUCCCAACAGCAAGGUUAACGGCAAUGCCCUCGCGGAGCAGAAAAUCACCCUGCUUGCUUGCGCCCUGGGCGCCGUCGCCAGUAUCGGUGGCUUCAUCUUCGGAUACAUCAGGUAAGAAGACCACCUCUCUGCUUGCUAACGACGAGCUCCAUUCAGCCUGGCGCCAGUUAUGCGCCCCCCCUCGCGGACGAAACCUUGAGGCUAACAAUGGGACGCGCAGUGGUCAAAUCUCCGGCUUCUUCUUGAUGCGAGACUAUGCCGAACGCUUCGGCGAGCUGCAGAGCGAUGGCUCCUACACCUUCAGCGCCGCCCGGCAAGGCACAAUCGUCGGCCUGCUCAGUGUCGGCGCCCUCUUCGGCGCCCUCGUCGCGGGAAAAAUGGCUGACACCGUCGGUCGUCGAAUCACCAUCUCCGCCUCGGCCUUCUUCACCUGCAUCGGAACCAUCAUCGAGAUAUCGUCGUCGCACCACUGGGUCCAGUUCGCCGUCGGCCGCCUCGUUAGCGGUCUCAGCAUCGGCUCGCUGUCGGUCGUCGUCCCCAUGUACCAGGGCGAGAGCACGCCGGCCGUGAUCCGCGGCGUCAUCAUCUCCUCCUACCAGCUGCUCAUCACCCUGGGCAUCUGGACCGCGGAAAUGGUCAACUGGGGCACCGAGUCCAAGGCCAGCAGCGCCGCGUGGCGCAUCCCCAACGGCCUCUCCUUCGCGUGGGCCCUGAUCCUCGGAGUCGGCAUCCUCUUCCUGCCCGAGAGCCCGCGAUACGCCUACGGCAAGGGACGCGUCGACGAGGCUCGCGAUACCAUUGCGCGCCUCUCCGGCCUGCCCCCUCACUCCGACGGCGUCAACCACCAGAUUGACGAUAUCCACCAGAAGCUCGAGCAGGAGAAUGAAAGCCAAAAGGCGUUCCAAUUCAGCGAAAUCUUCACCGGCCCGCGCAUGAUGUACCGCACGACACUCGGUAUUGUUCUCCAGGCCGGCCAGCAGCUCACUGGCGCCAACUUCUUCUUCUACUUCGGCACGACCGUCUUCGCCGCGACCGGCAUCAGCAACAGCUACACCACGCAGAUCAUCCUGGGAUCCGUCAACGUGUUCUGCACCGUCAUUGGACUUUGGAUCAUCAAGCGCUUUGGCCGCCGACCCAUUCUCAUGAUUGGUGCCGCCUGGAUGAUGAUGUGCUUCCUUGUCUACGCCUUUGUCGGCCACUUUGCGCUCGACAACGAGGAUCCCAUGCGAACCCCCAAGGCAGGCUCUGCUCUCGUCACGUUCUCCUGCCUGGCCAUCGCAGCGUUCGCCGUCAGUUGGGGCCCUCUUGUCUGGACCGUCAAUGCCGAGCUGUAUCCUCUGCGCUAUCGCAGCACCUGCAUGGGUCUUGCCACGGCCUCGAACUGGCUCUGGAACUUUCUCAUCUCCUUCUUCACACGUUUCAUCACCGACGCGAUCGAUUACCUGUACGGUCUCGUCUUUGCUGGCUGCUGCGCGGCUCUCGUCGUCAUCGUCUUCUUCUUCGUCAUCGAGUCCAAGGACCGCACGCUCGAGGAGAUCGACACCAUGUACGUCCGUCACGUCAGCGCGAUCCGCUCGGGCCACUGGGACACGCAAGACUACCGACAGGAGGUCAGGCGCAGGAGUGAAGCGAGAAGCGAGGCUGCGAGAAGUGACGGGAGAGCCGACAACAACGAAGCAUGAACAUGGAUGGGGUCGGGCAGCAGCAGAUGUUGGGGAGCUCAGACUGCUUUGGGCAGUGUCGCGAUCAUAUGCGGGCACGAAAGCAUGAUGAGAGAGUACAUGGAUGAGGUGUGCGGAGCCCUUUCAGCUCCAGUACAUGAUUGCAUUGGCGUGUUGCAAUUUGGGAGGCCAACUUUGACAUUGUUCGCGGGCGCUCAGUUUGCAUCGAGUUGAAACAGUUGAGGGACUUAUGUAGAUGCGCAUGUCCAUGAACAUGAAUCGCCGUGCAAACGGCUUCUUGUACUUUACACAGUGUUCCGUGAGAUUGAGUGAAUAUUUGAUGGUACUCAUUCGUCAG